CGCUGUUAGCGGUGGUGGGAUUCAGUGUGGCAGCAGAGGGGAAGGAAGCAAAUCUGGGGAUAUCUGGGUGAAGGGGAGUCGGUGAAAACCCCCGGACUUAAACCGGCAGUGAAUCCCGACGAAUCCCGAUUGUUUUCCCAGCGCGGGCUUCUCUCCCGGCGGACACCGCUCCUCUGCCCGUGUGUCCCCGCAGCUGGCUGCGCUUUUCUCCUCCCAGGAUCCGCACAGGUGGUUGAACUCUGUGCUGUGCUGGAGCUGGACUGAGCUGCUGUUAGCAGACCAAAGAUGGAGCAGUUGUCAGAUGAGGAGGUGGAGGUCAGGGAGGAAGAGGAUGAGGAAGAGGAGGACAGCGACAAGGAAGACCAGGACCUGGACAAGAUGUUUGGAGCCUGGCUGGGAGAGCUGGACAAGCUCACACAGAGUCUGGAUGACGGUCGCCCGGAGCAGCCUCCUCAGCAGAAAGCUCCUCUCAGACAGGAGACCAACAUGGCCAACUUCUCCUACAGAUUCUCCAUCUACAACAUCAACGAGGCGUUAAAUCAGGGCGAGAACGUGGAUCUGGACGCUCUCAUGGCCGACCUCUGCUCCAUCGAACAGGAACUCAGCACUGUCAACGCCAAGCCGAACAGCGCCGGCAGUUUGGCUCGCCUGGGGCUGACCGACACCAAGGUGCGUCAGAAGCCUCCCGCAGGCCGCAGUGGCAGGCAGCAGCCAGCAGGGAGCGGCAGCAACGGCGGCAGUGGAGCUGGCAGCAGCAAUAACAGCGUGAGCGGCGGCGGGGGCAGCAGCGGCGCCAGCAGCAGCAGCAGCAGCACCAGGGCGUCGCCUGCCGGCACAAUCAGAGCUCCCGCCGGGAAUCAUGGGAGACCGGCGCUGGCCUCUAACUUCAGCCUGGACGACAUCACUGCACAGCUGGAGAAGGCGUCUCUCAGCAUGGACGAAGCUGCUCGUCAAACCUCGUCUCACUCCCUCAGCUCCGCCUCCACGUACACGUCGGCCACGAUGCGGCGACCGGGGACCUCGCAGCGGCAGCAUCGGCGCACGGGGUCGGUCGGCACGGUCAGCGAACACGAGGCGCGUUCCAUCGUCCACUCGUCUCGCUCCUCCGUCACGUCGGCGUCCGGCGUCUCCGUGAACUCCGCCUCGUCCAUGGACUCGCUGGACAGCGUCCUGCGCUCCAGUGAUUCUGACGGUCAGCAGGUGUCGCUGCAGGCCGAGGGCGCUCGUCCAGGUCAUCACAGCACAGAGCACUCCUAUCUGGACAGGGAAACCUCUCUGAUUCUGAGAAACAUAGCAGGAAAACCCUCCCACCUGCUGACAAAGGAGGAGCAGGGCGCCAAGCUGAAGGCGGAAAAUAUCCGAGUGGCCCUGGAGAAGAUAAAGGAGGCGCAGGUGAAGAAGUUGGUGAUUCGUGUUCAUUUGUCAGACGAGAGCUCAAAGACGAUGAUGGUGGACGAGAGACAGACUGUCAGACAGGUUCUGGACAGUUUGCUGGAGAAAUCUCACUGUGGCUACAGUCCAGACUGGUCACUGGUAGAAACCAUCAAUGAGCUGCAGAUGGAGCGGAUCUUCGAGGACCACGAGAACCUGGUGGAGAACCUGCUGAACUGGACCCGGGACAGCCAGAACCGCCUGAUGUUCACGGAGCGCAUCGAGAAGUACGCUCUGUUCAAGAACCCACAGAACUAUUUGCUGGGUCGGAAGGAGACGUGCGAGAUGGCAGAAAGAAACAAAGAGGCUCUGUUAGAGGAGUGUUUUGGCGGGAGUUCGGUGUCCGUGCCAGAGAUGGAGGGAGUACUGUGGCUCAAAGAGGAUGGGAAGAAGUCGUGGAAGAAGCGCUACUUCCUGCUGAGAGCCUCUGGAAUCUACUACGUCCCUAAGGGCAAAGCAAAGGCGUCCAGAGACCUGGUGUGUUUCCUCCAGCUGGAUCACGUCAAUGUUUACCUGGGUCAGGAUUACAAGAGCAAGUACAAGGCUCCGACAGAUUACUGCAUGGUGCUGAAGCACCCACAGAUCCAGAAGAAGUCUCAGUACAUCAAGUAUCUCUGCUGUGACGAUGUCAGAAACCUCCAACAAUGGAUCAACAGCAUCCGCAUUGCCAAGUAUGGGAAGCAGCUGUACAUCAAUUACCAGGAAGCAAUGAGGAGAACAGAGGCGGCUUACGAUUGGUCUUCACUCUCGUCUUCUUCCAUCAAAUCAGGAUCCAGCUCCUCCAGCCUCCCAGAGUCCCAGUCCAACUCCAGCCAAUCAGACAGUGGCGUUUCAGAGAUGACUUCCACAGGCCACACCCGCUCCCAGAGUGUCGUCAGCUCCAUCUUCUCUGACGCCUGGAGGAGAGGAACGCAAGGAGAGAUGAUGAGGAUGGACUCUAUCAGUAGGCCCAUUCCUAUCCAGAUCCCCAGCCUCUCCCAGCAGCCUCUUCCGCUCUCUCAGUCUCAGACUCCGCCCUCCAGGUCCAGCUACACUGAGGGGCUUGUCCCAUCUGAGGAUUCCUCACCAUCACCGCCGUCGCCCCCUAUACCUCCCCCUCCUCCACCCAUUGCAAGUGUGGCCCAUCAGACGGCACCAACUUCCUCCUCAUAUGUCAAGUACAGCACACUGGCUCGCCUGCAGAACCAGAACCAGGCCAGGACACCACUGCCAGGACUAACGCUAUCCGCCCAGUCCGCCAAAACAAAUUAUAAUACUCUUCCAACUGUUCAUACCACCUUCCCUCAGUUACCACCAUCCCCUCCACCUCCUCCUCCACCCACCGAACCGGCUCCAGGCUCAGCCAUGGCUGCAUUGAAAUUUGGUCCACCGAGCCCUUCCUCUGUUCUGCCACCCCCACCCCCGCUGGAGGAAGAGGAUCACGAUCCCAACUUCCUUCCACCACCUCCUCCUGAAAGCCUGGAGACCAACGGGUUGCCACCUCCUCCUCCUCCAGAGACCAUCCUCAAUGCCUGUACUCAACUUUCCAACUCUGGCCUCCAACAGUUCCUGUCACAGAAAUUCCCAAACAUGGUGUACGACUUUGCCCUGUCAGUACCUGAUGAGAAUUCUCCUCCUCCUCCUCCCCCUCCUCCAGGAGAACUUUCUCCUCCCACAUCCCUGCAAGUGCACAGGCCUCUGUCGCCCAGUGCGCCCCCUCCUGCACCUCCCAAAACAUUCACUGUUGGAUUUUUUCCACCGCAAACUGCUCCCAAACCUUCUGGCCCUUCUUCUCUUCCUCUUGCCCUCUCACCUGUGUCACCAUGUCCACCCAACAGCAGCCAUGGACCAUUUAAAAAGCAGCAAAGUUUCUCAACAGGACAUUCGCCCAACCAGCCACCUCCUACUCUUCCAAAGCAGCACAGCCUCUCCUCCAAAAACCUUACCCUCUCCCCUUCUGCGUCUUCUUCUUCUGUCUCCAUUGCAGCUGCUACCUCUUCUUUGGUCAAACAGAUCGUCAAUCAGUUCCCAGGUAAUGCAUCCACCUCCUCUCUUCCUUCCCCCAACUCCAUUGACGGAUACAAGUUCUCCGCUCCUCAGUCUCCUCCAGCAGUCAAGGCCAAACCAAAGUGGCAGCCAGGAGGAGUGAUGGGUCCACAGUCCCCAGAGUUUCCCCCACCUCCUUUUGACAGCUCUGUAGGAGACUUCCCCCCUCCUCCAUCUGCAUCUUCCUCCAAGACAGGCUCCCCUAUAAAGAAGUCACCCUCCACCUCCUCCACAGGAUCCAACAAGCGAGGGCCUCCACCAACGCCACAGAGAGCCUCUUCCAUGCGUGCCAAUUCAGGCGACACGCAAGAGGAGAGGCCAAAGAAGGUGGAGAGUCUGGUCAACAAAUUUGGCCAAGCUCCUCAGACGGGAACCUCGUCCAGCUCCUCGUCAGCAACCGGUUCUCCUUCAAAAGAUUCCUCUACACUUCCCGCUCCGCUCCCUAAACCAGGGAAGCUGAACUUGGCAAACCUCCCAUUGGUGCUCCAGGGGCUGCAAACAGGCCAGCACCAUCAGCCUACAGAUUUCACCACACCGCCUCCCCCACCUCCGCCCUCCCAGCCUCUCCACGUUGACUCGUCUCCCGACUACUUCCCACCUCCCCCCAGUGACUUUGAGCUCUUCCCGCCUCCCCCUCACCCGUCAGAGUUUCAUCAUCCCCCUAAAGUAGCCGUGGUGAAUCCGCAGCCUCAAAUGCAGCAGCAGCAACAGUCGGCGACGUCCAUUUUAUCAUCGUCGUCGUGGAAACAAGGCUCGCUGAAAAAAGGGGCGGUCCCUCCUCCGUCACUAAGCCGGCGGACGAGCAACACAUCCCAGUACGACAACACAAUUUCACUUCCCCUCUCUCCACCGCCUCUGUCCCAGACGCCGCCGCCGUCUCUGUCCUCUUACUCCUCCUCCCCCUCUCCUGUUCCACCCACCUCCCCAAAAUCAGCAGGGCCCAGCUCCCUGACACUAAAGCCCCACUUCCUGGAGGACCUGAACCGCACGCUCAAGAGGAAGUCGAUGUCUCGCCAUGGCUCGCUCACCUCUACCCAACUCAUACCUUCCUCAAAGAUGGAGCCCAUGGGCACCAUGGACGACAUGGCGCUCCUCCCGCCGCCGCCCCCCGAGCUCAUGCAGCAGCAGCACGGUGUCCGAGGACAGUCCCACACGUUGUCUCGCCACCACUCGCACUCCCAGUCCGCCAAACACGCCAACAUCUCAGGCUAUGCAACGCUGCGGCGAGGUCCGCCUCCCGCUCCUCCGAAAAGGGACCAAAGUACUAAACUGACCAGUGACUGGUAGAGAGCGGGGGACACUGGGGUGGAGCCUACAACAAAUGAACUAUGACUAUUUAGGUCUUGAUAUUCAAUGUCUGUCUUGACUUGUUCGUCUCUCCUCAUCCUUAACCGUCCACCAUUGGAUUUCUCUGAGCAAGUAGCAAGCGAUGUUUCCUACUCGUAACCGCAGAUAACAAACUGUUCCUAUUAUUAUCCUCAUUAUGAAUAUCAUUACCCGUACAUGUUUAACCCAAUGACAUGAGUUAAAGAAUAUAUAUAUAUGUAUAUAUGCAGUAUAUAUACAUGUAUAUCUGUAUACAAGCAAGCCAGAAAAAAAAUCACCUAUCAAGCUUUUUUCACGACGUCUCCGCUUUGCAUUGAAAAAAAUAUACGAAAAGACGAGACUUGAACGGCAACAGAGACAAUGUGCUGCGGAAUAACUGGUACUGCAUGGAGCCGUGGCAACGGAGGCAACGUCACAGAUGAAGGGAUUAACGGGGAAGGAACGUGAAAGUGAGGUGAUGUGUAUAGAAAUGUUGGGUAGGGGGGCGGGGGAGCGGGGCACUUAUAGAGGGAGCAUUGCCAUUCAUUUCAACCUUUGUUUGUGUGUGUGUUUUUAUAUAAGAUUAUUUAAUACUGGAAAGAUAUUGUUAUUAUUAUAGUUAUUUUAAGUUUUUAAGAAGAGAACCACACUAGCGUACAGCUAGUUGCACUCCAUUUUUAUUUAUGGGAUAGUUCCGUUUUUUGUUUCAAGUCUGGUUGUAAGAGAUGUUGACACGUUCUUGACACUAAGUGCUGACACUUCCAGCCAGGACAGAAGGGAAAAUAGGUUUUAGCCACUUAAAGGAAUACUUCACCGAUUUGCAUUUAGAUUUGUAUUACUAGAAUAGGGCUAGUAUUUUUGAAAAAUCGUGCUUCCCAACCUCAGUUUCCCCUGAGUCGAAAAAUAUCUUCAUUUUUUUCUUUGUUACGUGCUCACCAGUGACACUUGGUCCUGUUAGCGUAACUGUUAGCAAAGAUGGUGGACACUGUUUACUUUCUGUGAAUGAGGUCCCGCCCCCCUACGACUGGGUCUGAAAAGUGCAGGAUUAGCGUUGCCGCUUCAAGCUGAAACUGCAGAAUGUAAACAGUGUCCGCCAUCUUUGCUAACCGUUACGCUAACAGGACCAAAUGUCACCGGUGGGGAUUUAACAAAAUUCUAGUAAUACAAAGCUAAAUGCAAAUCUGUGAAUUAUUCCUUUAAUAGAAGGAUUACCUAAUACAAUCUAUGGCUGUUUGUAGCCUUUUGCUAAACUGCUAAACUGCCUUUUCUGACUGGAAAAUGACGUUUGUAAACAUCGUCAUACAAAAGUGGACUUUGGUGCUGUUAGAAAAGCGCUGCACUAAACAUCAUCCUAAGAUAAUUGUAGACCAAGGGUCUCAACCACAAAUGACCUAGGGGCUAGUAAGUGUCUAGUUUGGUGAAGGGGGACAAAAACUCAAACUUUGUGAGAAAAAGAUAAUGAUAUUUCACAGAAUUUCAAAAUAAAAGUGUUUGUUAUGAUAUAGUUCACAAUAUAAACAUAUUUAUGAUGCCAAAUUAGUCUAUUAAUUCAAAAAAAGAUACAGAAACAACUCCUUAUAACUUGAUAUUAAGUGGCAGGCCACAUGAAAUUAAAUUGGGGGGCCUCUGUUUUAGACUUAAGGGUAUAUUUUAUUAGGUGAGCCUUUUUUUAAGUGGCUAAAAUCUGGUUCAUGAUUAUGUAUCAACGUCUCAUUCAAUCUCACUUCAAAGAAACCUGAACUGUCGUUUUCAGCUAAUUUGAUUCAAAUAUAUUUUCCUUAACAUUUUGAGCUCCGUAGCUGAUUGGUUGUUCUUCUAUGGGAUUUAAGACCUCGUGCUUAAAUCCACAUUCAUUUUACACGUAAGGUUGAGCUCAGAUUACAUACAGUGGGUUUAAAAUCCAAAUCAGUUUUAGUGUGUUAAAGAUUUUUUAUACCAGAGGGAACUAUGGUUAUUUCCAUGUCUUCCCUUCCCUCUUAAAAAAAAAAGAAUUAUCUGAGUUCAGCCUAAGCACAUGAGUCAGUUUCCACAUGUUCACGUUUAAACGGACUUAUUUCAUUCAUCGUUUUGUUCUCAGCUUUGCCGUUUGGUGUUUGUUGGCUUGUAGACCAAGCAGCUACAGUGAACUGUCUGAAAGAAGGUGAUCAUCUCUUUGCAAGUAAAUAAAUCAGUCGAUUGUUUGUCAUCUUA